AUGGGGAACGGCGCCCGACCAGUGAAUGCCCAAAAUUAUUCCAACUUCUCGGAUGAUGAGGACGAUGAACAUCGAGUGGUCGAAACAGAUCCGACCAGACGCUUUGAGCGGUAUACACAAUGUCUAGGAAGGGGAGCAUACAAAGAAGUCUUCAAAGGAUUUGAUACGGAGGAGGGGGUCGAAAUCGCUUGGAAUCAGUUACGGGUCGAUCACCUCUUGAAGCGUGAGGCCCAUAGGGUUAUGGAUGAGAUCCAAAUCUUGCAAAGUCUGAGGAACGAGAACAUUAUCAAUCUGUAUCACUCGUGGAUUGCAAGAGGCCAUGACGGGAAGGAGAAAGUCUACUUUAUCACGGAAUUGAUGACUUCUGGAACUUUGAAGAACUACAUCAAGAAGUCGAAAGGACCCGUAAAGCCAAAAGUUCUGAAAAGCUGGUGCAAGCAGAUCCUUUCAGGCCUGGACUAUCUGCAUUCCCGGGAACCCCCAAUUAUUCAUAGGGACUUGAAAUGCGAAAAUGUCUUCAUCAAUGGGAAUAAUGGGCAGGCAAAGAUUGGGGAUUUGGGAUUAGCUGUAGUCAAGUCCAGAGAUCACGUAUCCUCUGUUCUUGGCACUCCGGAAUUCAUGGCACCGGAACUGUACGAUGAGAGCUACGAUGAAAAAGUCGAUAUUUACGCAUUUGGAAUGAUGGUCCUGGAGAUUGUCACCAAACAAUACCCAUACAGCGAGUUGACGAAUCAGGCUCAGAUAUAUAAAAAGGUGACAUCGGGGAUAAAACCCGCUGGCCUUGCAACAAUAGCGGAUGACGACACCAGGCAAUUCAUCGACCUCUGCAUAUCAUACAACCCGCGGGAUCGUCCGACUGCAGCACAGCUUUUGACGCAUCCGUUCGUG